AUGGUGGAGAGAGACACGGAGGUGAAGGAUUUGAGAGCGCAGAACGAAGAGCUGAAAACCGCACUACAGUCUUCUGCGCAGCUGUUGAAUGAAGUGAUGACAGCGGGAGGAAGUGGUGGUGGACCUCCUUCUUUGCAGGCCUUGACGGAGCCCCCCGGCUUAGAACCAGGGGAAGGGCAGGAAGUCCCGCUCGAGGUGCAGCCGGUGGACCAUCAGAUCGCCCUGGAGUCCGAGGCAGAGAACCUCAAGGGUGUCAACGAGUUGGCCCCUCUUCCUGAACUCAGUGGUGACACAGGCGUUGAGUUCAGUGAUUGGUUGUAUGUGGCAGAGCAAGCCAUUGGAGCGAUGUCAGACUCGGCAUCGCUGUGGUUUGAAAGGACCUUGGGUGCUGCUCGGGAUGCGUAUGCACGCUACCAAAUGGCGAGCCCCUUGGAACGUUUGGCAAUCGCCCCAAAGGUGUCGCCAGAGUUGCUGGAGCCGAAGUGGGUGAGACUGGAUCGCAAAGUUAUGACCUUAGUCCUGAACGCGAUGCCGAAGACGGUGAAGGAGGAUGCGGUGACUCACAGGGUUACCUCGGUGGCCACGGCCUUGUACAGGCUACAUGUACUGUAUUCUCCAGGUGGCACGGCGGAACGAGCUGCGAUCCUGAAACACCUGGAAGGCGCAUCGGCUGGGGAGAGCAUUUCUGAAGUGAUUGCAGCCCUCCGUAAAUGGCGCCGUUAUUUGACCAGAUCGGCGGAGAUGCAGCUGACCGCGCCGGACCCCAGCAUCCUUCUAAAGGGCGUCGAGACGAUCAUCGCGGCCUGUGUUCAGAAGCACGGGGAGAUGAGCUUCAGGUUGUCCUUAGCUCGAAAUGAACUACAACUUCAAAACCGCCCUACCAACGAGACUGUGCUCAGGUUCUACGACCACGCCUUGGCUGAGAUGCAGCAGGCUUUGCCGGUGAAAUGGGCCAACAAGCCUGGGGAGCAGCCAAGGAUCAAGGCCAUCGGAGCAGGGACGGGGGAGGCAUCUACCAACUCGAGCCCGACAGCCUCACCGAACAAGGGCUCACGAGGAACGGCUUCUACAACUCCGUGCAAAUUCUUCCUCAGCGAG